GACCAUAUAAUCUUCCUUUCCUUCAGAGGGAGCGGCGAAAUCUCCUUUUCAUUUUCCAGCUGCUGUAGCUUAUCCGCUCGCAGCCAUCGUCUCCCUCUCCGACUCCCUAACCUAAAACACCAUCCCAUUCGCCUCUUGCCCUUUCCACGACUAGGCGAAGCAUUUGAAGUUGUUGGGGAGGAGAAAUGGCUGCUUCUUCUGGUAUUGGCGUUACUUCUUCUAUGUUCCAUGCACCAUCUAUCGAGCUCGCUACCAGAAGGGCAACAACUCCCACUAUCACAUCCUCUUGCCUCUUCCCCCUUACAAUUCCGGAUAAGCCUUGCUUCCUCACUUCUUCUAUAUCCAGCGGUCGUGGAAGUGGAGUUGGGAGACUUACACUUCUUAUGGUGGAGGGAGGUUCCCGCAGGCACACUACGGUUCCUUCCGCCAUUGCUUCUCCCAAUAAUUCCCUUCUCAGUGAGCAGGCCUUCAAGGGCCUUGGUGGCAUCUCCGAUUUCGAUGGUGUCGAUAGUGAUGAAGAUGACUUGCCGGAUGACACAGUCCUUGCAGCUGAUGAUACUGACGAGCUUGCGCUUACCAAGCUGGGUUUGCCUGCGCGUCUGGUUGACGCUCUGGAGAAGCGUGGAAUUACUCACCUUUUCCCUGUUCAGAGAGCUGUUCUGGUUCCGGCUCUAGAAGGUCGAGAUAUCAUUGCUCGUGCUAAGACCGGGACUGGGAAGACUUUGGCAUUCGGCAUUCCAAUAAUUAAGCUCCUCACUGAAGACACUGAACUAAGAGGCCAACAACGGCGAACUGGCCGGCUUCCACGAGUUUUGGUCUUAGCACCUACACGAGAGUUAGCAAAGCAAGUAGAGAAAGAAAUUAAAGAGUCUGCACCUUACCUUAGCACUGUGUGUGUUUAUGGAGGUGUUUCAUAUGUGACACAACAAAGUGCUCUUACCCGUGGAGUAGAUGUUGUGGUUGGGACUCCAGGUCGAAUCAUUGAUCUCAUUAAAGGAAACAGCCUGAAACUGGGGGAGGUUCAGUACUUGGUUCUUGAUGAAGCUGAUCAAAUGCUUUCGUUUGGAUUUGAGGAGGAUGUGGAGUUGAUCUUGGAAAACCUUCCAACAAAGCGGCAGAGCAUGCUUUUCUCUGCAACUAUGCCAAUUUGGGUCAAGAAAUUGGCCAGGAAAUAUCUGGAUGAUCCUUUGCAAAUUGAUCUGGUUGGUGAUCAGGAAGAAAAGCUUGCUGAAGGAAUCAAGCUUUAUGCCAUAUCUACUACCUCCACUUCAAAACGCAGCAUGCUCAGUGAUCUUGUAACUGUUUAUGCAAAAGGAGGGAAAACUAUAGUCUUCACUCAAACUAAGAGAGACGCCGAUGAAGUCUCCAUUUCAUUGUCAAAUAGCAUAGCUUCGGAGGCUCUGCACGGAGAUAUAUCCCAGCAUCAAAGGGAGAGAACAUUGAAUGGUUUCCGUCAAGGCAAAUUCACCGUGCUUGUAGCUACAGAUGUUGCUUCUCGUGGGCUUGACAUUCCGAAUGUCGAUCUGGUUAUUCACUAUGAGCUUCCAAAUGAUUCGGAGACUUUUGUGCAUCGUUCUGGUCGUACUGGGCGUGCAGGGAAGCUAGGAACUACCAUUUUGCUGUUCUCCAACAGUCAAAGGAGAUCCGUUAGAUCUAUCGAGCGUGAUGUUGGAUGCAGGUUUGAGUUUGUUGGCUCACCAGGGAUUCAAGAGGUUCUAGAAUCAUCAGCAGAGCAUGUGGUUGCUACUCUACGUGGAGUUCAUCCCGAAUCUGCAGAAUGUUUUAUGCAAACUGCCGAAAAACUGUUAGAAGAACAAGGAACAAAGGCCCUUGCUUCGGCUCUGGCACAUUUGAGUGGUUUCACGCAGCCUCCGUCAUCUAGAUCUCUUAUUAACCACGAGAAGGGCUCUGUGACAUUGCAAUUGACUAGGGAUCCGAAUUAUGCUAGAGGGUUCCUUUCACCUAGGUCGGUGACUGGUUUCCUCUCAGAUGUAUAUCCUACAGCAGCAGAUGAAGUUGGAAAAAUAUAUGUAAUUGCCGAUGAAAAGGUUCAAGGAGCAGUGUUUGAUCUGCCCGAGGAGAUAGCAAAAGAGUUGCUGAAAAUGCAAUUGCCUCCUGGAAACGUUAUUUCCAAGAUCACCAAGUUGCCUGCGUUGCAAGAUGAUGGACCAGUUGGAGAUAAUUAUGGCCGGUUUUCUAGCAGGGAUCGCUCCACUAGGGGGGGUUCGAGAGGCCAGAGGAGCUUUAGACCCCCGCAGCGUGGUGCUGGUCGAGAUUUCGAUGAUGAUGAUUUUGGUAGGCGUGGCGGUCGAAGCCAAUCGAGGAGCAGUGGCAGCAGUUGGGGGAUGGGUGGAAGGAGGUCGAGCUCGGAAUCAUCAAAUAGAGACAGUGGCAGCAGUUGGGGGAUGGGUGGAAGGAGGUCGAGCUCGGAAUCAUCAAAUAGAGACAGGUACGUCUACACAUGAUAGCAUAGAUUAUUACCUUCUACGUUUUCGGCAGAAGAGUAUGCAUAGUUGAUAUCACCAAUUGCAUUAGCCUUUGCGAUAUAUGCUUUUCUAAUUUACUUGUUAAUUGUGAAUCACACCAAACAACGUCAAAUGGUACUCAAACAACUGUGGACUACUUUAGAGGAACUGAAUGGUUGUUCUUUCCCAUGGCUGUGAGGGUACUUUGUUGGUGAAGUGUAGGAGUUGAGAUAGUUUAGUAACAUUGUGUUUUUGACAAAUAUUAAUUGACUUCUUUAUUUGGGUUUUGCUGGUAAUCUUGCCGGCUUUGUUUCGUGCACAAUUUGAUCAAUUAUGUGUAUUGACAAUUACUGUAAAAUGUCUUGUAUUCCAGAUCGUUCGGAGGUUCAUGUUUCAGCUGUGGGCAAUCUGGACAUAGAGCUUCGGAGUGCCCCAGCAGGGGAGGGUAUUAGAAGUAUAUACGACCAGGUGCUUCGGCCAUGCGAACAACAACGAAGUGGCAGCUGAUGGGAAAUCUUGGUUGUCUCGGCCGUAUAUGGAAUAUUUAUGGCACGAUGUGGUUCACUACAGGAAUGAAUACUGGAUACCUGGGACCGAAUAGGCUUGUAGCUUAUGUUUUCUAGAAUCUAGAUAUAGGUUGGGAAUGGCUCUAAAAGAUGGGGGGAAACGAGAGUUCAAUAGAAUGUAUCGCCAUUUUCGUUUCACCAUAUCCGGGUAUGUAAAAUGUACUAUUUAUUGACUAGCAGUACGAAACAGGCAAUGUGCGAUCAGCCCCCCAAAUUGCAUGUUAUUAGUGCAUUAUUUUCUCUGGUCCAUAAGUUGCCCUGGAUAUCAGUGCUAUCAUUUUCCACCUAGCAUUCUGUUGAUUCAGUAAACAAAACAAGGCAGGGCCUCCGUCUCAGUUAUCCCUAAGAUUGGAUACAGUUUUGGUCUUCGAUGUGUGACAGUUUGAUCUUAUGCUGCUCAAAUCGUCUCGGCAUAAGUUGCUCGUACAACAGGAUGGAUUUCGAUUAGGUUCAUAAGUAGACGAGGUUGACCAUUGCUGAAGCUCAGCUGCAAUGCAUUUGCGAUAUGCAAGGGUGGAAGCUUCAUGUGUGGCUUGGUGCUAUUGCAUUAUUAGGUCGAUGGGGCCUGUUAUCGCCGCAGCAUAUUGGAAGCUCAAAACAAAUACUAAAAAGGGGU